AAGCGAGGAAGAAGCGGAAGUAGCUGGGUGCUGGCUGACCUCCGCUCCUCCUAGAAAACAUGGCGGGUGUUCGAGCCCUUGGUGCUCUCUCCAAAUUGCCUUUCCGGCUAUACGCUGCCGCACCAGGAAGUACCUUUCGCACCUUCUCGGUAGCUUCUGCGAUGCUAGCCCGAACCCACGUCAACUAUGAGGUCAAGGGUGACGUCGCCGUGGUUCGACUGAACGACCCCAAUUCCAAGGUCAACACGCUGUCCAUCCAAAUGCAAAAAGAGUUGACGGAAGUGAUGAAUGAAGUGUGGGCCGACAAUGCCGUUCAGAGUGCCGUCCUCAUAUCGUCCAAGCCGGGAUGCUUCAUCGCGGGAGCCGAUAUCAACAUGAUCCAGGCCUGCGACAGCGCCGAGGAGGUCACCGCUCUCUCACAAGAAGGCCAGAAGAUGUUUGAGAAGAUCGAAAAGUCCACGAAGCCUGUCGUGGCCGCCAUCAACGGAUCCUGUUUAGGAGGCGGACUCGAGUUCGCCAUCGCGUGCCAGUACAGAGUGGCCACAAAGAGCAAGAAGACUGUGCUGGGGACUCCAGAAGUCAUGUUGGGUCUUCUGCCCGGAGCGGGUGGCACACAGAGACUCCCCAAAAUGCUCGGCCUCCCCAACGCCUUUGACAUGAUGCUGACGGGAAGAAACAUCAGAGCGGACAAAGCCAAGAAGAUGGGACUCGUCGACCAGCUAGUAGACACUCUGGGUCCGGGUCUGAAGAGCCCCGAGGAGAGAACCAUCGACUACCUGGAGGAGGUGGCGAUUGAAUGUGCGAGGGGCAUCGUGGGUAAGAAGAUUCCCCUACGCAAGGAGAAGAGCACCAUGCAGAAAAUCCAAGACUACGUAAUGAGCUUCGAGAUGGUGCGCAAUCAGAUUUACAAAACGGUGCACGGUAAAGUCAUGAAGCAGAGCAAGGGGCUUUAUCCCGCGCCUCUUAAGAUCAUCGAAUGUGUGAAGACCGGAGUGGAGCAAGGCCCCAUCGCCGGAUACUUGGCUGAGUCUCAGAACUUUGGACACCUGGCAAAAACCACAGAGUCUGCAGCUCUGAUCGGCCUCUAUCACGGUCAGGUCACGUGCAAGAAGAACCGCUUUGGAGCCCCUCAGAAGGAAGUCAAGACUCUUGGUAUUUUGGGAGCGGGUCUGAUGGGAGCGGGUAUCGCCCAGGUGACCGUGGACAAAGGUGUCCACACCAUCCUGAAGGACACCACGGAGGCCGGUCUGGCCCGCGGGGAGCAGCAGGUUUACAAAGGGCUGAACGACAAGGCCAAGAAGAAGAGCAUCACAACCUUUGAGAGGGACUCCAUUUUGUCCAACCUGAGCGGCAAGCUGGACUACAGCGGCUUUGAAAAGGCCGACAUGGUGAUUGAGGCCGUCUUUGAGGACAUGAGCAUCAAACACGCGGUCCUGAGGGAGGUGGAGGCUGUGGUUCCUCCUCACUGCAUAUUCGCCAGCAACACCUCCGCUCUUCCCAUCAAGGACAUCGCCGCCGCCAGCAAGAGGCCGGACAAGGUCAUCGGCAUGCACUACUUCUCUCCGGUGGACAAGAUGCAGCUCCUGGAGAUCAUCACCACCGACCAGACCUCCAAGGAAACCACGGCGUCGGCGGUGGCCGUGGGCCUCAAGCAGGGCAAAGUCAUCAUCGUGGUCGGGGAUGGACCCGGGUUCUACACCACCCGCUGUUUGGCCCCCAUGUUGGCUGAAGCUGUCAGAGUAUUUCAGGAAGGGGCGGACCCCAAGAAGCUGGACGCUCUCACCACCAGCUUCGGCUUCCCCGUGGGCGCCGCGACGCUGAUCGACGAGGUCGGUAUCGACGUCGCCGCCCACGUGGCCGAGGAUCUGGGCAAAGCCUUCGGCUCCCGUUUUGGGGGCGGGAACGUGGAUGUCCUGAAGACGCUGGUGGAGAGAGGAUUCAAGGGUCGGAAGUCCGGGAAGGGCUGCUACGUCUACCAGCCGGGCCUCAAAGUCAGAGACGUCAACCCGGAUGUGGAGGAAAUCUUGGCCAAAUACAAAAUGGCGCCUAAUCCUGCCGUCUCCUCUGACUCCGACAUCCAAUACCGGCUCAUCUCCCGCUUCGUCAACGAGGCUGUGCUGUGUUUACAGGAGGGAAUCCUGAACAAUCCUUUGGAAGGAGACAUCGGAGCAGUUUUUGGCUUGGGCUUCCCACCCUGCCUUGGAGGGCCGUUCCGCUUCGUGGACACCCUGGGAGCCGACAAGCUGGUGGAGAAGAUGCGGCGAUACGAGGCCGUCUACGGCAAUCACUUCACACCGUGCCAACUCCUCCUGGAUCACGCCGACGAUCCCGGCAAAAAGUUUCAUAAGUGACCCCCCCCCCCCCCCCCCCCCCCCCGCUAUGGGAGCUUGUCUGUAGCACUUUGAAGCCACUGCAGUUAUGUCAUCAGGAUGGGAUGCUAACGUUUAUGAUGCUAUUUUUCUACCUUCAAAGACUUUAUGACUCGACGAUGAUGAUGAUGAUGAUGAUGAUAAUGUAAAUGUGGGAGAAAUAAAAUUUUAUUGAAUCAAAUGCGAAAAAGACA